AGUUGCGAGUUUCUCUCUUGGAUAACAGCUGGAUGGUUUGCUUUGAUGGAGAAUAUAAUUGCUUAUAAAGCAGUGUAAAAUUUAGCGGAAUCAUUAAAGUUUGUUUUAACAACGUGAGUUAUUGGUGUAUCUGUGUUGAUUCGCUAAGUAUAAUUCAGUCGUUGCUCCUGAUCACAGGGAUGAGAUUUUUAACCAUUCAAGCUUUGAAGAAAAACAUUUUGAAGUCAAGUUUGGGGAGUUUUAUCAAGCAUAAUGCCUACGUCUUCAACCUUUCUUUGUCUAUCGAUAAUAGUUCUUGUCUUGUGCGCCAUUGCUGACGCAAGACCAUACGGGAAAUAUCCAACACCAGAUAAACCUGAAAAGCCACAUGGACCAGAAGGACCCGUACAGCCAUUUGCCUUCUUGAAGACGUUUGGAGCUGGCUUCGUUAAUCCUGCACAACCCAAAUCUCCCGCAGCCCUCAACCGUCAAACAAUCUUUGACGGUCCAUUCAACCAAGUUGACUACCCUGAUCAACCAGACAUCCCAGAUGCUCCUGAUAUCCCUGACGCACCUGACGCACCCGAUGCACCCGACGCUCCUGACGCACCGGACUAUGAAGAAUACGAGCCUCCUGAUACACCAGACGUUGGGGCACAUGAAAAUCCAGGAGUCUUCUCCGAUGGUGGAUUCGGUUUUCUCGGAGGAGCUGCCCAAGCACCUUUCAUGAUGACUGGUGGUAAAUCCCCGAGCUCGAUGGGUCAGGGGAUGAUGACCAAAUACAGGAAGGGUUCGAGUUCGGGAUCUAGUGUCGGCAUCGCUUUCGCCGUGCUCGCCAUCAUUGGUUGCACAAUUGCACUGGGGGUUUUCUUUUUCAAAAAGUACAGACACCAUAUUCCGGUUAUCGUCCUUAAGUAAAUCACCUCCCGCAAAUUCGUCCAAAAUUUCUUGAAGACUGCCGGACACUCUUGAGAAAUUUUUGGAUGUACAUGAUGUAUCAAUCAUUAUUGUGAGCUUUAUUAUUUGGCUUGUGACAAGGGACGAUGGCAUUUAUUAGCAAUCACAUGGACAUUGAAACAUGCAAGAAGUAUCGAGGAUAUUAAUAGACUCUUAAUGAAUCUGCAACAUGAAGAUAAAAAUUAAUUGAUUAAUAAUUGUCAUCCUUUGGUCUGUGUCAUCUCUACCCAAAUACAUCACGUAUAAAAGAGGAACUGAGUGUCAUGAAUCGUAAAUGUUGGAAUAUCAAUGAGCUGGUUUGCCUUACUGUUAAUUCUCGUCUACCAUGAUAAAAUAAAUUUAUAGAUAUACAC